GGUUACUCAGCCACUGGGAGACGGGGAUUAUAUCAAGUGGAUUGGGCAAGUAAUAAACCCAUUGGAAAAGAACCAGUACAACUUCUAAUUUCUUAUGGAAGAGCGCUUGACUUAGCAGUGAUGUUGCGGCAUUGACGUUAUGGGCAUUCCGCAUAUUUAAAAAGGAAGAGCGGAGUUUUUGUGGGAGUCUGGCUUGUCUGGAGAGGAUCUCUUAAUAAUCAGCGUCAUGACGGAGUCCUCCAAACCCCCUUCAGGGAGGAGAAUGAAAGUUCCUGCCCCACCUCCACCGCAGGCCCCCCAACCUGCUCCCCGUCAUUUGUUCAGGUACCCUGUACCUGAUGGAGGAGGGACAUCAGCCAUGGAUGUUAAGGAAAACAUCCUAAAGCCCACCGUCGUUUUCCAGCUAACUCUACCACAUGGCUACCAGGUUUCUGUAACAGAGGAUGGAAGUAAACCUUUGAUGGAUUUGCUGGUCGAUCUGUGUGGUCACCACCAUCUCAACCCAUCAAUGCACACCUUGGAGCUGCUUUCCCCCGAGGGUCACUCUUUGGGAUUCAAGCCCAACGCCCUGCUCGGCUCCUUCAAUGUGGCCUGUGUGCUCAUCAAGGAGAAAAUAGUGGAGGAGAAAGUGACACGUAGACCAGCUCCUAAAGUGCCAGAGAAAACUGUGCGGUUGAUGGUGAACUUCCACGGCAACCAGAAGGCCGUGUUACGGGUCAACCCGCUGGUUCCGCUCCAGGCUUUGAUACCGGCCAUCUGUGACAAGUGUGACUUUGACCCCGCACAUGUUCUUCUCCUGAAAGACUGCAUCAGUCGCCACAAGUUACCGCUGGACAAAUCUCUGACAGAGCUGGGCAUCAAAGAACUCUAUGUCCACGAUCAGAGUCUAGUUUUACAGCCUAAAAUGGCUUCUGCCCCUGUUCUGAACAACUCAGAUUCUUUUUAUUCCAGUACUGCUAGCCUGGGAAGACCCCAAAAGAAAGGGUUGCUAAAUAUUUUCACAUUCAACAAAAGGAAAUCAAAGACUGACAAUAAGUCUUUGGACAUGGAUGACUUUGAUGAUAUUGCAGUUCAAAGUUCAGACACAAAAUUCAAUGGUUUGUCCACUGUGUCAGGGGUCUCCUAUAAAGAGGGACAUCCAGGCUCCCUGGAGCAGUCUCAGUCCUUCACUGAUAUUCCCACGAUGCAUGCCAAAGCUGAGUCCAAGAAGAGACGGGCCCCAGCACCACCUGCUGUCCCACUACCCACCCAAGGAAACACAAGCUUUAAGAGCAAUCAGGAGGGCCCUAGUUCAGAAGGCCAAAGGAAGAGAAAGGCUCCACCUCCUCCACCCACACCUUCCCCCAGCGCUCUGGACUCUGAUGAUCCUUCAGCAACUGUUGUUUCCGUUUCCAAUCUCCGCAGCAUUGAAAUUCCCACCCCAGUCCCCCGUACCAGAACACCACAAUCGCCCACGUUCUCUGAUGACUCUGUGGUCAUGCAGACAGCAGAAGUUUCUCAUGGUGAAAAGGCACCAAAACCUCCGCCCGUGCGCGAUGCCACCCCACCCCGAAGUUCUCCGUCCCCCAGCAGCAGCACCACAGACAGCCUGGUUGUUCAGGAUUCCAGCUCUGAGCUUAGCCGCAGCCUUGACGACUCAGAUGUUGACCUUGACCAGGCCGGUUCCCGCUGCAGCACCAGUAGCACGGCCAGUGGGCCUGUGCAGGUCCAGCUUUCAAUAAAAAAAUCCAACAUGACAGCCACCCAACAAAAAGUAGAGAAAAGUUCUGACAGCAAUUCCAGGUCAGACUCUGAAUCGGCGCUGAAUCUCACACUGGAUGAAGUGGAGAACAACAGACACAGCGGAAUGGGUUGGCUUCAUUCCAAAAAGGCAUCAUCCAUUGUCCAGAAACAAGAAACCACAGCGCCUGAGGCUGAAACUCUUUCUCUAGGCAGCAGCGUUGGCAGCAGCCUUCCUGACCAAAGUUAUACACCUUCUGAAGGUGCGGCAGAGGGCGAGGACUCUGGCAUCGUCAGUUCCCCGUCUGAUACCCAGAUGACUUCUCCGGAUGGGAGUUUAUCAGCUGAUGGAAAGACUGGUGACACAGGAGAUAGAGUACUCAUUAUGGAGGCUUCAAGUGACAAUGAUGAAGAAAAUACCUCUUGGGGAGAAAAACACAGUGUCAGAAGCCUUCAUCCAGAAUCAGUCAACAGCUUUGAAGAUGAUUCUGAGCUCACAAUCCAGCUUCAUCAGACUUUGGCAGAUUUGGAAGCAGAUCUUGCAGAACAUGAAGUAAUCAUCUCUGCCAAAGAUGGCCUUGAUACCAAGUCCACAGACAGCAGCGAUGUUCCCGUGUCUGUAGUGGACAUGGAUGUGCCAGUCACAGCCAUAGAUGAGGUACUGGAGGAGUUUGAAUUUGUUGAAAAGCAUAAAGUGAAACCACCAAAAAAGACUGAAUCAACUGACAGCAAAGGCUUCAUUCAUCACUCUGAUGAUGAGCAACAGAACCAAAACAACAGUGCUUAUACAGCUGCUCUUACCGACAAAACAAGCAGUGCAAGUUCAAAACCCUCUGAAAAGUCUAUUGCACAACAGGAGAUCAAAUCUGCAGGUAAUAAAAAGGAAAAAAAGGCAAAAGACAAAAAAAGUAAAGAGAAGAAGAUUGCUGAAAGCACCGCUGUGAAAGAGGACACGCAAACACUGGCAGUGAAAUCCAGUGCUGACCUACAGAAGACCAGCAAGGCUCCUGUGAACACAGUUGACCUUGCGCAACAUAACACUCGACCCUUCCAGCAGAAGAAGUUUGAACUUCCAGCAAAGAUUCAGAGAUCAGUUAAUCCUGGGAAGGAUGAAGCGACAGAUAAAGUAAACCAGAUCAGCUCUUCUGUCAGUCCUCUGCAUGGUAAAAUUACUCACAAUGUCACAUCCCGCUUCGGUAUGAAAACAUUCACCGUGGUCCCUCCAAAACCCUCCAUCUCAAAUGUCACCAAGACGGAGCCAACUGACUCAGGAGGUCGUUUUGCUAUUAAGAUCGACGAUCAGGGCAAUAUGGUGGCAGCAGGCAUACCUCGCUUAAAAUCCAGAGCGGCACCUAAAUCUGAGAUUGACAAUGGCACUCCUGUUUGUGAAAAUGGCAAAGCACUUUGGAGCUCUGACAGCAGGAAAGACAAUUUGGUGACUCAAAGAAAAGGUCAAGUUGAUAAACUUAAGGAGGGCACAGAUGUCCUGAGCAUUGGCUCUGCUGUUGGCUUGGAAGGAAAAUUAAAGACCAGCAACCCAGAGUCCCAGAAAGCAACACCAACACUAACAGUUGAAACUACAAUGGUGGUGAAAGAAGAUCACAAACUGCUUAGAAAAGACAUGAGUCCAAGCAGGGAGUUGACAGAGGUGGAGAGCAAGAUUUCAGUGUCCAACAAUGUUCAGAGGCCAAGUAAUAAACCCUCACUUCCCCCUCCUCUGCACUAUGACAGAAAACAGCAACAUAGCUUUGUUAAACCAUCCAGGAGGACCUCCAGCCAGUAUGUGGCUUCUGCCCUCGCUAAGUACACCCCAAAGACCCCAACUAAACCUUCAAACAUCCCUAAAACUACAGACUCCCCUGACUCAUUGAAAACAGAGAAAGCUGAAAGUUCCAAGAAAACAAUCUCUGAACUCCAACCCUUUCAGGUAUCUUUGUCAGAUAUUACGGAGAAAGACUCCGCUUCCACAGUCAACGCUACUUGGUCCAAGAGAUCUAUGAGCUUCCCAGAGUACAUAUCAGACAGUCGGAGAGAGUUUGCUCAGGUGAAAAUAAGCAGGGAACUAUUUGAAAAUGAUGCUGCAGCCAAGAAACAAGUUUUGGAUCCAGCCGACAAAGAAACGGCCAAGAAAAAUCCCAGUCACUACAACGGAUCUCCACAAAUACAAGUCUCCAGCAACAACAGUGCUGAUUACAUUAAACAUAAUCAACCUCAAACCCUCAGCCUGACAAAAAGCAGUGCUCUACACUCAUCUUUCAAACCACCCAUAGCCCCAAAGACCAAACCACAAGACCAGAUAGGUGGAGUAAAGGAUGUAGUGAAGGAAGUGAAACUGCAAUCACCAACUGCAGAAUCAGACAGCACUGAGACACCUGGGUCUGUGGCAGGUGUGACCUUGUUUGGACCUGUUAAAAAGUUCAAACCAGUCAUCUGUAAAUCUGUUGAGAAAGAGACAUCUCUGCACAGCAGCCUGAUGGAAGCAAUCCAGACAGGUGGAGGCAAGGAGAGACUGAGGAAGACAUCCCCUACCCCUGACAAUGGUAAGAAAGUGGCCUAUGAUGAAGAAGGCAAUGAAAGAUCUGCUCUUCUAGCUGCCGUUAGAUCUCAGAACAUCAAUAGACUGAAAAAGACAAAAUCUAAGGCCGCCAGUGAAGUUGAGCGUUUCAGGAAGGAGUGCUCAAAGGAGGAGAAAACAGUGGAGUUAUCCCCCUCCCCUCCGUCUUUGAUCAAACCUCCUUUCACUCCACCCCCACCACCUCCACCUAUGACUGCACCUCCACCACCUCUUCCUGUCUUUCCCCAGGGUAAACCGAACCCUGUGGGUCAUUUAAAUGCCAAAGCCCCCUCAAACCCUGCCCUGGCCAGGGAGGCUUUGCUGGAGGCAAUUCGCUCCGGAUCUGGUGCUGAGAAACUUAGAAAGGUAUCGACCCCCAGAAAGACUGUUCAAGUGAAUGGCAGGCUGGGAACUAUUCAUAAAACCUCAUCAACGAUCCUUCAACAUUGAGCUGGUGACUUCCAAAUCACAGCAACAAGGGCUGGAGCUGAUUGAAUGUGAUUGGUACUUUUUAACAUUCAAAUUAUUUUUAAGACAUGCCUGGAUUGAGUCACUGGACAUUGUAGAAAAGGGUUUUGCACUACAAUAGUUGAAUAAAUAGAUUUCCUAUUUUAAGCUAUCAACUUUGACUACAUAUAGAGCAUCUGAUGUCUUAUGCUUAAAUCAAUGCAGUUUUAGAGGAGCUGGAUAGAGAGCAUAUUAUUGAGAAAAAUAUUUGGAUCAGUCUGAGAAAAUGAAAUGUUUGCAGUUAAAAUGACACCCACGAUAUGAGAUGGAUCGACCUUCCACGACGGGUUGGAAAAUGGUUGUAUCCAGUGUUAUACCAUGAUAUUUCUGAUGAUAUCUUGCCAUUUGUACUCAAAUCUAUUCUUAUAGAACAUUGUGUAAAAUGUGCCAAUGAAAGCAAUGGUACCCCGGACUUUUACUUUUACUGUUUUUUGUUCAUGUUUUUUGUUGACCGCUGUAAGCUAUGGAUGCCUUACAUUGCUGCUGAAUCAGUGUUAUGUGUAUAAUGUCUGCUUUGUAAAUUGUAGAAUGAGUGCAAUAACCUUGUCUGAUGAUGUUUCCAGAUAUGGAGUAUUUAAUAUGUUUUGCAUUUUAAGAUUAUUUCAAGCGCAUGAAGGAAAUGAUGACAGGCAAUACUUGCAUAUGUUUUUUUUUUUGUUAUUCAGUCAUUGUUGCCACCAUCCACAAUUUUAGGAUCUGAGGUGGAGUUCGCUAAAGAUAACUCGCUCCUCGUGCCUAGAAAUUGAUUUUGUUCACUUUCAAGCUGCUUUCAGGCUUUCUCAAGACUUCUUUUUGUUUGGAACAGUUUCAAAGAACUGUUUUGUGUUUUAUUUACAAGGCCACUAUUAAUGACUCAUCUAUUCAUCAAGAUCAUUAAGUGAAGCUGUAGGAAAACUUAUAUUUUGCCUCAAAUUAAGCUUUAUUGGAUUUUUUUUUUCUGCACCCAUCCUAGUGAUAUUAUGGGGAAUGCAGGAUUUGUAAUGAACCCAGUAAAUGUCAUUGCACAGCUGUUAGAGAAGAUUCAUACCUAAUCGCCUUUAGAAUGAAGAUAGAGUCAGGUACAGUUAAUUGCUGCUGUAUAUUUAAGGGUAAUUUUGAUGGAGUUCAGUUGGCAUUUUUAUAGCGAUUUAUUCAACUACAGUUUCAAUACUUCUAGAUUGUGUAAUAUACAGACUUUAGCCUGAUGCACAAUUGUGUAUUUUCUUCUUUUUGUUUGUGAAAGUUUAAGAUAAUUUCAUAAAUUUGAUUUAUAAUACUAAUAGAUUGAGUCUUUUAUAAGCUAUUAUCUUUUUCCUUGUUGGGAGUUGCACAGUUAUUUUUGUUUACCUACAUUUUUGAUUCAAUAAAUACUUUUUUAAUCA